UAAACAUAAACAUCAUAUUCUAAAUAUCUAAAUUGUUUUAUUUAAAAACCGUUCGAUUUUUAAUUGGUAAGAUUGAAUCCAAUCCCACUGGAGUCACCUUACCAAUGUUUAUACAGUCUACUACACACAACAUUCAGUUAGGUCAUAAUUAAGAUUUGUAGAGCAAUAAGAAUAAUUUGUUUGAUUAUGCCAUAAUUUUUCAUUUCAGUAUUCAAUGUAUUAUGCAUAAUUUGGAUGGACGUGUACUACACAAAUGUUUUGCUAUUAUGGAUCAAGAACUUACAAUGAGAGUCUCCCUAUUGAGUAUUUAAACUUAAGAACAUACCAUGAAUGAUGUUUACUAAGAAUUUUGGUUAUUCAAUGUAUUAUGCAUAAUUUGGAUGGACGUGUACUACACAAAUGUUUUGCUAUUAUGGAUCAAGAACUUACAAUGAGAGUCUCCCUAUUGAGUAUUUAAACUUAAGAACAUACCAUGAAUGAUGUUUACUAAGAAUUUUGGUGUAGUAUUCAAUGUAUUAUGCAUAAUUUGGAUGGACGUGUACUACACAAAUGUUUUGCUAUUAUGGAUCAAGAACUUACAAUGAGAGUCUCCCUAUUGAGUAUUUAAACUUAAGAACAUACCAUGAAUGAUGUUUACUAAGAAUUUUGGUUAUUUAAUGUAUUAUGCAUGAUUUGGAUGGACGUGUACUACACAAACGUUUUGCGGUUCUGGAUCAAGAACUUACAGUGGUCGUCUCCUUAUUGAGUAUUUAUAUUUAAGAACAUACCAUGAAUGAUGUUUACUAAGAAUUCUAGUACUAAAAUUGAGUUGGCUACACUGUAAUGUUUGCAUCUGUCAAGGAAAUUUUUGGUUAACAUAUUUAAUGCCAAAUGACUACGUUUAUAAAACGUUAGCGUGUCGUCAAAUUUUAUUUUGCGCUCGACCCUUGGAAAUAAGUAACAAGAUGCCAGCUAAAACGACUUCUGUUAAGAAAAGGUUUGUGUCGGAUGGUAUAUUACGUGCAGAACUCAACGAGUUCUUGACACGAGAACUUGCUGAAGAUGGUUAUUCUGGCGUUGAUGUCCGUGCUUCUCCAUCGCGCACAGAAAUUGUUAUUUCUGCAACACGUACCCAAGACGUAUUGGGCGAUAAGGGACGCCGUAUUCGCGAACUUACAUCUCUCAUCCAAAAACGUUUUGACUUCAAAGACAAAGAAGUUGAACUUUUCGCCGAGAAAGUAGCACACCGUGGAUUGUGUGCUAUUGCCCAAGCUGAGUCAUUACGUUACAAGUUGAUUGGCGGUUUAGCUAUCAGGAGAGCAUGUUAUGGUGUGUUGAGAUUCAUCAUGGAAAGUGGAGCUAAGGGGUGUGAAGUCGUAGUGGCUGGUAAAUUAAGAGGUCAACGUGCCAAGUCAAUGAAAUUCGUUGAUGGACUUAUGAUUCACAGUGGUGACCCAUGCAAUGACUAUGUUAAUGUGGCUACUAGACACGUUUAUUUAAGACAAGGAGUUUUGGGUAUCAAGAUAAAAAUUAUGUUGCCAUGGGACAAAUCAGGUAAACUUGGCCCAAAGAAGCCUUUGCCAGAUAAUGUCACCGUUGAAGAACCCAAGGAAGAAAUUCUACCCAUAGCACCAACCAGUGAAGUUAAAUCUAAACCCGAAGUAGCAGUACCUGCUGUUGUUCCAGUUGAACCUGUUGUUGGUUGAAAUGAUUGUA